AGCCGCUGCCUGGGCAGGAUCCCCGAUGGCGCCACCCCCGGCCCCACUGCUGGUUCCGAUGCCUGGGGAGAUCUGGCCCGGUUUCAGGAAGCCUGAGCUUGUGAGCUUCGCGGACGUGGCCGUGUACUUCUCCCCGCAGGAGUGGGGGUGUCUGCGGCCCGCGCAGAGAGCCCUGUAUCGGGAGGUGAUGCGCGAGACCUACGGCCUCCUGGGCGCGCUCGGGUUCCCGGGCCCCAAACCAGCCCUCAUCUCUUGGAUGGAACAGGGGAGUGAGGCUUGGAGCCCCGCCGCCCAGGAUCCUGAGGAGGGGGAAAGACUGGGAGGAGCUCCGAGAGGAGACAUUCUGAAUGAGACAGAGCGGGGCUGCAAGGAAGGAGGAGAGAGACCGGCAGAGGCUCCGACUCAGUUGCAACCUAAAGAGGUGGUUGAACAUAAGACUUAUUCCAUGGCUACCAAGUCCUCUGCAGGGGCACAGCCACCUCCCAAAGCUGCCCCAGACCAGAUAGCAGGUAUGCAGCUUCCUGUCCAGGUACCGAGCUCGGAUAUUCAGGCCAGCCAGCGACGUCAUGUGUGUGUGGACUGUGGACGCCGGUUUACCUAUCCAUCUUUGCUGGUCAGCCACCGGCGCAUGCACUCUGGUGAGCGACCCUUCCCCUGCCCAGAGUGUGGUGUACGCUUCAAGAGGAAGUUCGCAGUGAAAGCACACCAAUGGAUCCACCGUUCCUGCUCAGGGGGUCGCCGCGGCCGAAGGCCUGGGAUCAGGGCUGUGCCUGGAGCCCCAGUCCGAGGUGACCGGGAUCCACCAGUGCUCUUUCGGCACUAUCCAGACAUCUUUGAGGAGUGUGGGUGAGUUGAACAGCUGCCUCCGUCUGGAGGUCCGGAGCCUGGAGUGGAACAUGAACUUGGCAACUGGGACAAAUGAGUCAAGACUUCUUGAGGAUCUCUUGUAAACUUGUAAAAAGAAAUAUGCCUGUAAAGAUUCGUACAGAUUAAACCUGACACCUCUCCCCUCC